ACCACCCCCUCCCGCCUUCCCGGCGGCCGCCGCCUCGGGUUUCCGGAGAGGCUGGAGGGCGGGCGGGGGUAUCACGUGCGCGCGGCCCUGGGGCCGGUUGGUCCGCAGGCAGGGGAGGAACAGGGCGCUACCCAGGCAAGGUUGGGGUCGGGCCGGGGUCGGCGGCUCAAGCGAACCGGAGGAAAGAACCCGGAGCGGAGUAAACGCGCGGUGGCCCCGGGCGCUCGCCCAGGGAGUCCCGCCGAUCCCGGCCCGGUGCUCGGGCGCGGCGCCCGAGGGGUCUGCGGCGGGGCCGGCACCCGGUCCGGCCAUGAGCUCUCCGCCGCCCGCCCGCAGGGGCUUUUACCGCCAGGAGGUGACCAAGACCACCUGGGAGGUGCGCGUGGUGUACCAGGACCUGCAGCCCGUGGGCUCCGGCGCCUACGGCGCCGUCUGCUCGGCCGUGGACAGCCGCACAGGCGCCAAAGUGGCCAUCAAGAAGCUGUACCGGCCCUUCCAAUCGGAGCUGUUCGCCAAGCGCGCCUAUCGAGAGCUGCGUCUCCUCAAGCACAUGCGCCACGAGAACGUGAUCGGGCUGCUGGACGUGUUCACUCCCGAUGAGACCCUGGAUGAUUUCACAGACUUCUACCUGGUCAUGCCUUUCAUGGGCACCGACCUGGGCAAGCUCAUGAAGCACGAGAAGCUGAGUGAGGACCGAAUCCAGUUCCUCGUCUACCAGAUGCUGAAGGGGUUGAAGUACAUCCAUGCUGCUGGCAUCAUCCAUAGGGACCUAAAGCCUGGCAACCUGGCUGUGAACGAGGACUGUGAGCUGAAGAUCCUGGACUUUGGCCUGGCCCGGCAGGCAGACAGCGAGAUGACUGGAUAUGUGAUGACCCGGUGGUACCGGGCUCCUGAGGUCAUCUUGAAUUGGAUGCACUACACACAGACAGUGGACAUCUGGUCGGCGGGCUGCAUCAUGGCCGAGAUGAUCACGGGGAAGACGCUGUUCAAGGGCAAUGACCACCUGGACCAGCUGAAGGAGAUCUUGAAGGUGACAGGGACGCCUCCUGAUGAGUUUGUGCAGAGGCUGCAGAGUGCCGAUGCAAAGAAUUACAUGAAGGGCCUGCCCGAAUUGGAGAAGAAGGAUUUUGCCUCCAUCCUGACCAACGCAAGCCCUCUGGCUGUGAACCUCCUGGAGAAAAUGCUGGUGCUGGAUGCAGACCAACGGGUGACGGCGGCCGAGGCACUGACACACCCCUACUUCGAGUCACUGCAGGACACGGAGGACGAGCCCAAGGCCCAUAAGUACGACGAGUCCUGUGAGGAUGUGGACCGUACGCUGGACGAGUGGAAGCGUGUCACGUAUAAAGAGGUGCUCAGCUUCAAGCCUCCCCGGCAGCUGGGCGCCAGGGCCUCCAAGGAGACGGCCCUGUGAAGACCCCUGGGCCCUGAGGGAGUGGAGGGGACUCGGCCUGAAAGGGAGAUCCUGAUACCACUGUGACCUUGGCUGGGGCUCGCUUCCCAGGAGGCUCCUCAUUGCAUGGGCCCCCCACCCCCUACAAACCUGUGCCCCUGCCCUCAGGCCCCCACGUCAGCCUAACCUUGUAGAAUUUGGACUUUCUGGACAGGACACCCACCUGACCUGGGCUGGUCUCUGAGCCCGAGAAGCCUCAGGUCUUAGGGUGGGUGGGGCUUGGGAUCAAGGCCUGGCUUCUGACCCUGCCUGCUCUGGACCAUGCUGCGGCCAGCUCAUGUGGCUAAGAGGAAGGACAGGGAGGGCGCAGGGCGCCGACUCGGGGACAUCUCUCCUGGAGAGCACUGGUGUGGACUCCACUGGCACCCACAGCCGGGAAUGUAAAUUGCCCAUGUGGCUGGGAGGAAAUAAACCCUUUCUUUGUAGAGCUUC